AUGUUCCGGCGCCCGCCGCGUAACUUCCGCGCCCGGCGGCGGGCGGCCUCCUCCAGCAGCAGCAGCAGCAGCAGCAGUGAGGAGGAGCUCGAGUCCGUCGUCGCCCCGUCACCAGCCCCCGGCCCCAGCUCCUGCUCCGACCCGAAAGCGGAGCCUGAGGAGGGCGAAGGAGACCUCGGCAGUGCCGCCGCGUCCCCGGAGGGGGCCAGGGCGCCCGCGGCGGAGGGACCGUUUCCCGGCGAGAGGCCGCCGCCCGCGGAGGAGCCGGCGGGCAGCCCCGGGGGCCGGGAGGAGAGCGGGAAGGCGGCAGCGGUCCGAGGGCCGCGCGGCGCCGGAAGCGGGCCGGCGCGGGGGGGAAAGGUACUGCUGAGUUUCGUCGGUGAGGAGGAGCGAGAAGGUGAAGAGUUUUUUAAAAUUAAAAAGCCAUCCUUCAAUGAAGUAACCUUUAGAGUUCGAAAGGAAAGCCUGCUGCCUGCCCAGGCAGAAACUGGAGAAAACAAAAAAAUCUGUCCAUUGGAGCCUAGAACUGGAAACAUCAAAGGCCCUUGUGAAGAAAGGGAGGAGGAGGAGGAGGAGGAGGAGGAGGAUGAAAGUCGUUCUUCACUAAGUGAGGACCACAACAGCUCAGCCUCUGAAAAUGAGUCCAGCUCUCCACAGAGGACGAAGGAUCGAUCACCAGAUCAUAUCCCUAGUGCAGCUUGUAUUGAGGCUGCUCGGAGGAAACGUCACGUAGCCAGGGCACAGGCUGAUUAUCUUCCACUGGAUGUUUCCAACAGUCAUGAGAUAUCUCAGAGAAGAGAAGGCAGUGAUUUAGAGAGUGAAGAUGAGUCUGAUACAGAGAAUCUUGAUUUUGUUCCUAAAAUGAAAACUCUUAGGCAGAGGAUGAUGGAAGACAUGGUGUCUGAGGGUGACGAAUCAAGUGAAGAUGAAGCACGAAUUAAGUGGGAAGAACAGCAAAUAAAGAAAGCCAUUAAACUCUCUCAGGAAACUUACGAUGAUACUUCCCUGCAGGAAUUGCUAUCAGCUAAACCAAAGUUCGAUCCCUCUGCUUCUCUACCACCUGUGAACUUGGAAAUUGUGAAGAAGCGACUGACUGAAAGGAUAACAUCAUUACAGAAUGUGCACCGUGCCCACCAGAGGGAGUAUGAGAAAUACAAGGAGGACAUUGAGAGUUCGAAGACAACUGUGCAGCUGUUAGAGAAGUCUUCGGAUGCAGCUCUAAAUUACAAAUUCUACAUGUCCAUGAAAACAUACGCUGAAAACUUGAUAAACUGUUUGAAUGAAAAAGUGGAAUACAUUAAUGACCUAGAAUUGGCUGUACAUGCACUUCUUCAGCAACGAGCCACAAGAGUAUUGAAACGAAGGCAAGAUGAGCUGAAAGAUGAAUCUGCUUAUAUUCAGCAUCUGACAAGUGAGAAUGACAAACCCAGUAAUGAUGGAUUAAAAGGUCAUAAGAAGACACAGCUUCUGGAAAUGUGUGAGCGUCGAAGGACUUGCAGAAGGCACGCGAGAGAGCGUUCAGGAGAAGCUGAUCACCAUGAAGGCAUGUCAAGUGAUGAUGAGCUGCCUCCAAAAGAGGUUAAUGAGUUCCAGAAGAACACAGAUAACGUUUUAGAGGAUAGUAGGAAGGUCUUUGAAGAUGUACAUGCAGAUUUUUGUGACAUCAGAAAAAUCCUGUUGAAAUUCCAGGAAUGGAAAGAGAAGCUUCCUGACUCUUACUGUGAUGCUUACAUCAGUUUCUGCCUGCCUAAGCUAUUAAAUCCAUUGAUCAGAAUUCAAUUAAUGAAUUGGAAUCCUCUUGAGAAUUUUGUGGAGUUGGAAGAGAUGCCCUGGUUCAAAGCUAUAGAAGAAUUCAGUGAUGCCAAAAUCGUAUCUGAAUCAAAAAGGGAUGAUGAUCCUGAUCAAGAAGUUUUGCCUAGAGUGAUUGAAAAAACUAUUCUUCCAAAAAUUGCAGCAUUUGUGAAGAGUGUGUGGGAUCCUUUAUCUACUUCACAGACAAAGAAUCUUGUACAGCUUUGCAAGAACAUAUUUGCGAAACAAAUAAAUAAAUGCAGCCAAGCAAAAGAGGAUUUGAUGAACGUGGUUGUCCUACGAAUGAAGAAAUCUAUAGAGGAAGAUGUCUUUAUUCCUCUGUAUCCUAAAAGCACCGUGGAAGACGGGUCAUCACCGCAUUCAAAGUUUCAAAACAGGCGGUUUUGGUCAGCUGUUAAGCUGUUCUCCAAUGUUCUUCUUUGGGAUGGCAUUGUACAAGAAGAUACAGUCCGUGAUUUGGGACUGAGCAAGCUGCUGAAUCGUUACCUCCUUCUGAACCUCUUAAACACACCACCAGGGCUGGAUAAUACAGUAAAGUGUCACAAGGUGGUUGCGUGUCUCCCGGAAAGAUGGUUCCAAGAUCUUGAAAGUGGAUCAACCCUCCCUGAAUUACAGAGCUUCUGCCAGUACUUGCUGCAGUGUGCCCGCACGCUGCACAAGAAUAACCACAGUGACGAAACAAAAGAAGUUCUCCUCUUGCUGGUCAAAGUCAAAGCUCUGCAUGUUGUUGAAGGCUUCAUUGAAGAGUAUGAACUUGAACACCUUAAAUCAAUGAUUGGGAAAUAGAAAAUCGUGAAGGACCAUUACUGAAACAAGCCCGCUAGUUGCACUAAACCAGCUUUAAUAUGAAAUUUCAUUAGUGAAUCCUGCCCACUCCAAGAUGUAGUGGUAAUCGCUGUCUUACUGUUAAAUGCUUCAGGUGUCUUUUCCAAAUGUCUUCUACUGCCAUCUACUCUUAGGUUAAGGAGUCCUUUUAGAAAUUACAGUUGUCAAAGCAAUGGUUCAGUCAUUCUAAGAUGUAUGACAAUGUUUUAUUGCUUUAUCCUUUUGGGAAGGAUUCCUGGAAAGAGAGAAAGUGCCUGUACAGUUUGUCACUGCUCACCAGUAGACAACUUCAUAAGCUAUUUUCAGUGUUAAUGGCUACAUAUCACUCUGACUCAGCAUUGAGCUCUUCUCACUUGUGGUCCAUAGUGAUUUUGGGUAAUGUCCAGCCAUCC